AUCUUAGUUGCGGCUAGCCCAGAGGUGAACAGUACCCAGAAUCACCUACAGCUCAAUGUCUACCACGACAUAGGAGUCACCAGGAACAAGAUUGUGACAGCCCAGUUCGAGUGCUACCAGAAAAUCAUGAAGGAUAACGACCACAACAAAAUAGGUUAAUAAAAACAGAAAUGGAUGACAUGUUUUCAGGCACCCCUGUCAUUGGCAAAGUGGGUCAUGGUGAAUUAUUAUGUGUGUGUGGGGGGGAGUGAGCCUCAGAAUCCCAUAAAGGGCAAAGUUGUCUUGUAGCAAAAUUGGGAUGCUACAGUGGCUUGCGAAAGUAUUCACCCCCCUUGGCAUUUUUCCUAUUUUGUUGCCUUACAACCUGGAAUUAAAAUGGAUUUUUUGGGGUGUUUGUUUCAUUUGAUUUACACAACAUGCCUACCACUUUGAAAAUGCUAAAUAUAUUUUCUUGUGAAACAAACAAGAAAUAAGACAGAAAAACAGAACUUCAGCGUGCAUAACUGUUCACCCCCCCCAAAGUCAAUACUUUAUAGAGCCACCUUUUGCAGCAAUUACAGCUGCAAGUCUCUUGGGGUAUGUCUCCAUAAGCUUGGCACAUCUAGCCACUAGGAUUUUUGCCCAUUCUUCAAGGCAAAACUGCUCCAGCUCCUUCAAGUUAGAUGGGUUCUGCUGGUGUACAGCAAUCUUUAAGCCAUACCACAGAUUCUCAAUUUGAUUGAGGUCUGGGCUUUGACUAGGCCAUUCCAAGACAUUUACGUUUCCCCUUAAACCACUCGAGUGUUGCUUUAGCAGUAUGAUUAGAGUCAUUGUCCUGCUGGAAGGUGAACCUCCGUCCCAGUCUCAAAUCUCUCAAAACAGGUUUCCCUCAAGAAUUUCCCUGUAUUUAGCGCCAUCCAUCAUUCCUUCAAUUCUGACCAGUUUCCCAGUCCCUGCCAAUGAAAAACAUCCCCACAGCAUGAUGCUGCCACCACCAUGCUUCACUGUGGGGAUGGUGUUCUCGGGGUGAUGAGAGGUGUUGGGUUUGCGCCAGACAUAGCGUUUUCCUUGAUGGCCAAAGCUAAAUUUUAGUCCCAUCUGACCAGAGUACCUUCUUCCAUAUGUUUGGGGAAUCUCCCACAUGCCUUUUGGUGAACACCAAAUGUGUUUGCUUAUUUUUUUCUUUAAGCAAUGGCUUUUUUCUGGCCACUCUUCUGUAAAGCUCAGCUCUGUGGAGUGUACGGCUUAAAGUGGUCCUAUGGACAGAUACUCCAAUCUCCGCUGUGGAGCUUUGCAGCUCCUUCAGGGUUAUCUUUGGUGUCUUUGUUGCUUCUCUGAUUAAUGCCCUCCUUGCCUGGUCCGGGAGUUUUGGUGGGCGGCCCUCUCUUGGGAGGUUUGUUGUGGUGCCAUAUUCUUUCAAUUUUUUAAUAAUGGAUUUAAUGGUGCUCCGUGGGAUGUUCAAAGUUUCGGAUAUUUUUUUUAUAACCCAACCCUGAUCUGUACUUCUCCACAACUUUGUCCCUGACCUGUUUGGAGAGCUCCUUGGUCUUCAUGGUGCUGCUUGCUUGGCGGUGUCCCUUGCUUAGUGGUGUUGCAGUCUCUGGGUCCUUUCAGAACAGGUGUAUAUAUACUGAGAUCAUAUGACAGAUCAUGUGACACUUAGAUUUCACACAGGUGGACUUUAUUUAACUAAUUAUGUGACUUCUGAAGGUAAUUGGUUGCACCAGAUCUUAUUUAGGGGCUUCAUAGCAAAGGGUGUGAAUACAUAUGCACGCACCACUUUUCUUUUAUUUAUUUAUUAUAAUUUUUUUAAACAAGUUAUUUAUUUAAUUCCACUUCACCAAUUUGGACUAUUUUGUGUAGGUCCAUUACAUGAAAUCCAAAAAUAAAUCCAUUUAAAUUACAGGUUGUAAUGGAACAAAAUAGGAAAUAUGCCAAGGGGGAUGAAUACUUUUGCAAGGCACUACAUUGACAUAAAAAUAUGUAUUUGCCUAAUGGUAAAAAAAAAGAUGGUUAUUGGCUUUAUCUUCAGCCCAUUAGGUAGGAUGACUUGAUUAGUGAGUGCUUGUGCUCAUGCAUGAGUUUGAAUCCUAAGUGGGAUCGAUUCAUGUAACACAAGCCCUCGAGUUGAGCACCUGAUGUCCAACGAGGAGCUCUUUGAUAGGGAGAAGAAAGAAAAGCUUCUGUUUUGUGUAGUCAAUGGCUAACAAGGUGUGAUCAUCUCACCAGUCUAUUUGUAUCCAGACCAUUAACGUUAGCCAGUCGACAGGUGAGGAGACAAUUCAUUUUAAGCAAGCCUGAGGGACUGAGGGACUGAGAGGAAUGCCAAUAUAUCAGUGCUGCAGUCAUUUGGUGUAAUUUACGCAAGGUGCUGUAAACCUCUCAUUUGGAUGGGAGUCCACUAGCGUUGUGUCGGAUUAGCAUUGCAGUCACACCGGCAAUCAGCUAGGGGAUGUUCGCCUUUGGCGUCUUGGCUAAUUAGCAAUCCUAUCACACAGGAAGAUGGGGCUCUAGGGUGUCUGUCUGAGAGUGUGUGUGGUGGUGAGGGGGUGAGGAGGGGUGAGGAGCAGGGGCUUCAGGAGAGAGAGGGAGCAUCUGACAGAACAGACUUAAAGUGUAAGCUGUGUUCAGUCACUCUUAUUUUUAGGGGAGCCCUAGAGGUUUAAUACCAAAACGUUUUAAAGACUAAACAUAAUCUUCACUUAGCUGAUUUAUCGAACCAAAAUAUUUGGAGAUAUUUGGGGAAGUGCAUUAUUGUCAACACAUGCCAGGGGAUUGUCAAUUUAAAUCCAAAGCUUUAAAACACACAUCCCACCCCUGUUGUCAAAUCAAAGUCUGAAACACCCGACUACUAGAGGAAAGAGAAGCAAAGUACAAAGUGAGACAGGCAUGGGUAAAAACACAUCCUGGCUGAUAUUCAAAAUUUAAACCCAAGAAAGGGAAUUUAUAUUCCUUUCUGAUUCAAUGUUUUUUCCUCAAAUAGAUUUUAGUCAACUGGACUUUUAUGGUGGAUGGAAGACAGAGUCAGGAAGCAGUUCUAUAUUUAGAAUUCAGUCUGAUAUGGAUGUGGGAUGUUUCAAUAUCUGGGUUCUCCACAGUAAUGUCUCAUUGCCACCAUACAAUUAGGAGCAUUGGCAGAAUCAACAGUUGUUCAUUCGUUAGUAAUGUACAAAAAUUGAUAUGGAGGCGAAAAUAAAUAAAGACGUUAGCAUUAGCAACAUGAUAUAUCAGCAGGUGUCUCCAAUAACUACUGAGUGUGAUGUCAACAAACAACAUAUUUACUUACAUCACAUAUUGAUUUCAACUGUGUAUUGAUUGACGUGACCUGCUUCAAUUAACCACAGUGUUGAUUCUUGUUGCAGACAGUGUCAGUGACCUCUCAGUGCUCCUGCUUUAUUUGAACAGGUGCUUUAUUUGAACUCUGAUGGUUUCUAUGCUGCAGGGCCAGUGUGUAACCGGACCUGGGAUGGGUGGCUGUGCUGGGACGACACAGAGGCAGGCUUCACUUCAGAACAGCACUGCCCUGACUACUUCCAGGACUUUGACCCCUCAGGUGAGCCCCCCGAACGCCCACCAUGUGGCCACCGACAUGGGCUAGAGUUCCUGGGGAGUGGGGACCCACCUUGUAUGCAGGUUUUCAUUUCAACCUAUAACUCCAAUUUAAAAACUGCUGAAUUAAAUGUAAAAAAAAUGUAACUUUAAAUCGUUCCAGCUAUUUCACAUGUGUUAUGUUCUGUCUUGGAAUCAUUCUAAAAUAGCAGAUUCAAGGUGUUCCAGUUCAUUGGUUCCCUUGAAGGUGACUGGGAAUAUGGCCGAAUACAAACAGUGUAGUUAUUCACUCCGCAAUGCAAUCAAACAGGCAAAACGUCAGUAUAGAGACAAAGUGGAGUCGCAAUUCAACGGCUCAGACACGAGACGGAUGUGGCAGGGUCUACAGACAAUCACGGACUACAAACGGAAAACCAGCCACGUCUCGGACACCGAGGUCUUGCUUCCGGACAAGCUAAACCGACGCGGCCCGCUACCAAGGACUGUGGACAAAUAACAUUUGAUUUGAUUUGAUGUUCAUCAGUCGGGAUCACGACCAGUUUCAUCUGGUGUAUUAGUGCUGGGCUGGAAUAAAAGCCUGCACGCCAUGUAGCUCUCCAGGACUGGAGUUCUACACCCCUAGUCAAAUGGAGUGACAUCAUUGGUAGUGAAAUCCAACAUACAGUGGGUCAUCCAGGAUCAACAUUGAGAAACACUGGGUUUGAGUCAAACACAGCAAUCCUUCCUCCUUCUGGGCUGGUUUGGUCAUUUUGAAUUCCCUAAUUUUGUAUCAAAUGCCUUUAUUUUUUAUUUUUCUAUUAAACUUUUCAGUUUAUUCAGUUAUCCCAGAGGCUUCAGAAACUAUACUGCUUUAAAGGCGCUUGCAAAUUAUAUUACUGCGAGGAAAGAUUACUUGUUGCCUCGGUCGAUUAAAAAAAAAACAGAAAAGGGAGCUGUUUUGAAGAUGAACUUCAGAUCUCUGCAUUUUGAAGCCUGUAUCUGAUGUGGUUAGAGUUACAUCUCUUACAUUUUUGAUGUAAUGCUCUACAGAAAUGGUGACAAAAAUCUGCAGGGAGAACGGACACUGGUUUCUGCACCCCGACAGCAACCGAACGUGGACUAACUACACACGAUGCAACGAGCACACUAACGAAGGCAUAAUGGUAUGUCACUGUCCGAAACAUAUGUAUUUCUAUUCAUCUUCUCAAUUAAACAAUAUUUACAGUGCAAAGUCAAAAGAAUAUCAAAUGGAUGUUCUAGUAAUUCAAAAAUAAUUGCUUGCUGCAUAUUAUUUUGCCCUUCUAGAGAAACUUCCAGAUUGCUAUUUCGAUUGAAUGGACAUUAAGCAAUUGAAAAAACAUGUGGAGAUAGUAUUUGACUAAGGCUGUGAGCUCUCUGCUCUGUGAUUUUCAGGGCUGUUUGACUAUAACUAACAAGGGCAUUUAUAUAUUGAUUAUUCAAUGCGUUAUGUAGUGAAAUAGGGGUGUUAGUGAAUUCAGAACACAUAAUAUGCUAGGUUAAUAUGAGGCUUAUCAUGUCUACUCUCUUCCAGACUGCCAUGAAUUUAUUCUACUUGGCCCUCAUUGGCCACGGAUUGUCACUGAUAGCCCUAUUCAUUUCCCUGGGAAUAUUUUUCAAUUUCAAGUGAGUGUAAAUUAACCAAACUAUAUAAAUAAUUAAAUACUCAAAGGCUUUGUUCCUCGGUCUGUUUUUAUUCACAGAUAGUUGAUACAAAUGACUUUUCCCCUUGUGUUUCUGUUUUUAACUCCACAAUGACAACUUCUACUCCUUUUCCCCUUUCGUGUAGGAGUUUAAGUUGCCAAAGGAUCACUCUCCACAAAAACCUCUUCUUCUCCUUUGUUUUGAACUCGGUCAUCACCAUCAUCUGGCUGACCGCUGUGGCGAAUAACCAGGAGCUGGUACAAAGAAACCCUGUACGUUUAUGGAUGGAUGGAUGGAUGGGUGGAUGGAUGGAUGGAUGGAUGGAUGGAUGGGUGGGUGGGUGGGUGGAUGGAUGGAUGGGUGGAUGGGUGGACGGAUAGAUAACAUGUGUUUGUAUAUAAAUAAUAGUAUAUCUGUAUUAUACUAUGUAAUAUAUAUUAUACAGCCACACACCAAUGUAAUGGCAGGACACACACUGCUAAUUUGCUGCUGCAUUUAUAGAUAUUCAAAGAGUUAGCCCAGAAACACUGCAUGCUGUGGAUCCAAAUUAUUAAAUGUUGGGAAAUUAGGCAAACUCAGCUCCAUCAUUCAUUGAAUUAGAUGGCACAUUCAUCACAAAACCAACUGAUAUUGCCAACUACUUUAAUGUUUUUUCAUUGGCAAGAUUAGCAAACUUAGGUUUGACAUGCCAGCAAGAAACGCUGACACUACACAUCCAAUUAUAUCUGACCAAAUUAUGAAAGACAAGCAUUGUAAUUUUGAAUUCUGUAAAGUGAGUGUGGAAGAGGUGAACACAUUAUUGUUGUCUAUCAACAAUGAUAAGCCACCAGGGUCCGACAACUUGGAUGGAAAAUUACUGAGGAUAAUAGCGGACGAUAUUGCCACAUCUAUUUGCCUUAUUUUCAAUUUAAGCCUACUGGAAUGUACGUGCCCCCAGGUUUGGAGGGAAGCAAAAGUCAUUCCGCUACCUAAGAAUAGUAAAGCCCCCUUUACUGGCUUUUGACAUUAUCGAUCAUAGUCUGCUGCUGGAAAAACUUACAGUACCAGUCAAAAGAUUGGACACACCUACUCAUUCUAGGGUUUUUCUUUAUUUUUACUAUUUUCUACAUUGUAGAAUAAUAGUGAAGACAUCGAAACUAUGAAAUAACACAUAUGGAAUCAUGUAGUAACCAAAAAAAUGUUCAACAAAUCAAAAUAUAUUUUACAUUUGAGAUUCAAAUAGUCACCCUUUGCCUUGAUGACAGCUUUGCAAACUCUUGGCAACCAGCUUCAUGAAGUAGUCUCCUGGAAUGCAUUUCAAUUAACAGGUGUGCCUUCUUAAAAGUUAAUUUGUGGAAUUUCUUUCCUUCUUAAUGUGUUCGAGCCAAUCAGUUGUGUUGUGACAAGGUAGGGGGGUUAUACAGACGAUAGCAAGAACAGCUCAAAUAAGCAAAGCGAAACAACAGUCCAUCUUGAAGAAUCUCAUAUUUAAAAUAUAUUUUGAUUUAUUUAACACUUUUUUGGUUACUACAUGAUUCCAUAUGUGUUAUUUCAUAGUUUUGAUGUCUUCACUAUUAUUCUACAAUGUAAAAAAUACUACAAAUAAAUAAGAACCCUUGAAUGAAUAGGUGUGUCCAAACUUUUGACUGGUAGUGUAUGUGUUAUGGCUUUACACCCCCUGCUAUAUUGUGGAUAAAGAGUUACCUUUCUAACAGAACUUAGAGGGUGUUCUUUAAUGGAUUUCUCUCCAACAUAAUCCAGGUAAAAUCAGGAAUUCCCCAGGGCAGCUGUCUAGGCCCAUCCGUAAAAUUUUUUUUUUACUAAUGACAUGCCACUGGCUUUGAAUAAAGCCAGAGUGUCUAUGUAUGUGGAUGACUCAACAGAAUACAUGUCAGCUACUACAGCGACUGAAAUGACUGCAACACUUAACAAAGAGUUGCAGUUCAUUUCAGAGUGGGUGGCAAGGAAUAAAUUAGUCCUAAAUAUUUCUAAAACUAAAAGCAUUGCAUAUGGGACAAAUCAUUCACUAAACCCUAAACCUCAACUAAAUAAAUAAUGUGGAAAUUGAGCAAGUUGAGGUGACUAAACUGCUUGGAGUAACCCUGGAUAAACUGUCAUGGUCAAAAAAUAUUGAUACAACAGUAGCUAAGAUGGGGAGAAGUAUGUCCAUAAUAAAGCGCUGCUCUACCUUCUUAACAGCACUAUCAGCAAGGCAGGUCCUACAGGCCCUAGUUUGUCGCACCUGGACUACUGUUCAGUCGUGUGGUCAGGUGCCACAAAAAAGGAUUUAGGAAAAUUGCAAUUGGCUCAGAACAGGGCAGCACAGCUGGCCCUUCGAUGUACACAGAGAACUAAUAUUAAUAAUAUGCAUGUGAAUCUCUCCUGGCUCAAAGUGGAGGAGAGAUUGACUUCAGCACUACAUGGAACUCUAUUCCACAUCAAGUAACUGAUGCAAGCAGUAAAAUUAGAUUUAAAAAACAGAUACAAAAACACCUUAUGGAACAGCGGGGACUGUGAAGCAACACAAACAUAGGCACAGACACAUGCAUACACAAACACGAUAACAUACGCACUAUACACACACGUACACAUGGAUUUUGUACUGUAGAUAUGUGGUAGUGGUGGAGUAGGGGCCUGAGGGCACACAGUGUGUUGUGAAAUCUAUGAAUGUAUUGUAAUGUUUUUAAAAUUGUAUAAACUGCCUUAAUUUUGCUGGACCCCAGGAUCCAUAAUAUAUACAAAUACAAAAAUAGUCAGAUGAUAGUACUUAUUUUCGCUUUUUUUGUUGUUGCUACAGUAGUUAGCAUUAGCUAGCGCUAGUCAGCUGUACCUGCGUCAAAACUCCGCUAUUUUUCAUACUAUAGCUUGUUCUCAUCUUCUUUUUAGAUCGUAAGCCAGCAUGUUUUCAGCACUUUUAUUUCCAUGACUGAUCAAAACUCAUUUUCUCAUGCUCUCUCUUGUCUCUCUGCAGCAGACUUUAUGAGUAAUAUGUUUGGAACAUCAAAUCGCAAUAAAAUCACAGUAUCGAAUCGCAACAGAUAUCGUAUCGGUAUAAUAGAUAAGUAUGGUGAUAAUAUCGUAUAUCGUGAGGUCCCUUGCAAUUCCAAGCCCUAAUUUUCGCCCCUAUGUUCUCUUUUCCAGACAAGCUGUAAAGUCUCCCAGUUCAUCCAUCUUUAUCUGUUUGGCUGCAACUACUUCUGGAUGCUCUGUGAAGGGAUAUACCUGCACACCCUCAUCGUUGUUGCUGUGUUUGCUGAGAAACAGCACUUGAUGUGGUACUAUCUUCUCGGCUGGGGUAGGUAUUGGGGGAUGUGGUACUAUCUUCCCGGCUGGGGUAGGUAUUGGGGGAUGUGGUACUAUCUUCCCGGCUGGGGUAGGUAUUGGGGGAUGUGGUACUAUCUUCUCGGCUGGGGUAGGUAUUGGGGGAUGUGGUACUAUCUUCCCGGCUGGGGUAGGUAUUGGGGGAUGUGGUACUAUCUUCCCGGCUGGGGUAGGUAUUGGGGGAUGUGGUACUAUCUUCUCGGCUGGGGUAGGUUUUGGGAUUAACAUCAUAUUUUGAAGUGAAGUUUAACGUUAUUUCAUGGAAGUAGCAUUGUUUGUCACUAACAAUGGAUGUCUGUUGUUGUUUUUCAGGCUUUCCUCUGAUUCCAGCAUCUAUACAUGCGAUCGCUCGCAGUUACUACUACAAUGACAAGUGAGUUACUUUCAACGCUUUUUCCCUUAAUUGUUUUCAUUGAAUUGAUCAUUCCGUAAACUACAGGCUAUUCAUACAGCAUAAUGCCUGUUUCUUGUCAUUAGUUUCUAUUACAGCUAACCGUGUUCCCUACCCUGUAUCGAUUGCCUAUUAAAAUGCUGCCGGCACAGUCUUAGCGCUUUCAAUUGAAUUUUUUAUGAAUCUUUUUCCUGUAAGCAGCUCCUUUUAAAUCGAAUUUCAACCAUAAAAGAAGGUGGCAGACCCUGAAUGCUAAUGUAUUUCUCCCCCUCCUACAGCUGUUGGAUAAGCUCCAACACUUCACUCCUCUACAUCAUCCAUGGGCCAAUCUGCGCUGCUCUGUUGGUAAGUCUGUAAUACAGUUAGGUUCAUGCAAAUUAAAGCUAUAUUCUGAUGACUCUUGAGUGCAAACUUGGAUAAAAAGUUGGUGCAGUGUACAAGAAUGUUGUUUUGAUUUUAAAGGGAUAGUUCAGUGAAAAUUACAUAUUUAGUUUCCUUACCUUGAAAGCAGCCUAUGGACAAGGAGAGACUGAAAUUCACACUUUAGUUUUGUUCAAUUGGCCAAGUAAUAUCUACGUAAGUAAUUUCACAGAACUAUCGCUUUAAUUAACCUGCAGUUUGGCCUCAAUUAUUGGUCCCUCUGUGGACUGACCCGCCCAUGAGUCAUUUGGCAGAACAGCAUGUCUGUGGCAUUUUAGGAAUAAUCUGAUAAAAAACCACUGGUCGCCCUUCAAAGGAAACCGGCAAAUCAAGCAUCCUCUUGUGGUUUGCAAUUAUUAUCCAAGGAUCUGGUACACGGCUGCAUCGUCUUAUCAGAUGUGCUGAUGUUUCUUUAUUUUGAGGAAUUCUGCACGAUAUGCUACCUCGUCGUGCUGCUGCCCCAGUUUCAACUGUUCUGCCUGCGGCUAUGGAACCCUGACCUGUUCCCCGGACGUGCUACCUUGUCCCGGACUUGCUGUUUUCGACCCUCUCUCUCUCCCUCCCUCCCUCCCUCCCUCCCUCCCUCCCUCCCUCUCUCUCUCUCUCUCUCUCUCUACCGUACCCGCUGUCUCAACCUCUGAACACUCAGCUAUGAAAAGCCAACUGACAUUUACUCCAGAGGUGCUGACCUGUUGCACCCUCUACAACCACUGUGAUUAUUAUUUGACCCUGCUGGUCAUCUAUGAACGUUUGAACAUCUUGAAGAACGAUCUGGCCUUAAUAAUUGCCAUGUACUCCUAUAAUCUCUUGCACAGCCAGAAGAGGACUGGCCACCCCUCAGAGUCUGGUUCCUCUCUAGCUUUCUUCCUAGGUUCCAGCCAUUCUAGGGAGUUUUUCCUAGCCACCGUGCUUCUACAUCUGCAUUGCUUGCUGUUUGGGGUUUUAGGCUGGAUUUCUGUAAAAGCACAUCUGUAAAAGCACAUCUGCUGAUGUAAAAAGUGCUUUAUAAAUACAUUUGAUUCGACUUGAUGUUUUCUCCUUGUUUGGUCAAUACGAGAAUUGUAAUGGUGAUUAUGUGAAUCCGCUCUCGACAUUGUUUUUUUUUUCUUCAGAAGCUUAAGAAUGACCCAUAAUGCACAAUUUUCCAACAUCAAGAAGUGAACACACUGUUGCUAACAGUCGUGAACAGUAUUUCUUAUAUUGUUCCUGUAUGGUGAUUGCAGGUCCUUUGGAUAAGCAUGUCCUCUAGACUGCUGUAAUACUGGCUAUUCUCUGCUCAGUUACGACUAUGAAAUGAUACAUUUCUAGGCUGACAGUAAUUUUUUUUAUUUUUUUAUUUCACCUUUAUUUAACCAGGUAAACCAGUUGAGAACAAGUUCUCAUUUACAACUGCGACCUGGCCAAGAUAAAGCAAAGCAGUGCGAUAAAAACAACAACACAGAGUUACAUAUGGGGUAAAACAAAACAAAAAUCAAAAAAAAAUAUACAACAGAAAUACAAUUAAUAUACAGUGUGCAAAUUUAGCAAGUUAUGGAGGUAAGGCAAUAAAAUAGGCUAUAGUGCAAAAUAAUUACAAUUUAGUAUUAACACUGGAAUGAUGUGCAAGAGAUGAUGUGCAAAUAGAGAUACUGGGGUACAGAUGAGCAAAAUAAAUAACAAUAUAGGGAUGAGGUAGUUGGGCGGGCUAAUUUCAGAUGGGCUGUGUACAGGUGCAGUGAUCGGUAAGGUGCUCUGACAACUGAUGCUUAAAGUUAGUGAGGGAGAUAAGUGUCUCCAGCUUCAGAGAUUUUUGCAAUUUGUUCCAGUCAUUGGCAGCAGAGAACUGGAAGGAAUUGCGGCCAAAGGAGGUGUUGGCUUUGGGGAUGACCAGUGAGAUAUACCCGCUGGAGCGCAGACUACGGGUGGGUGUUGCUAUGGUGACCAAUGAGCUAAGAUAAGGCGGGGAUUUGCCUAGCAGUGAUUUAUAGAUGGCCUGGAGCCAGUGGGUUUGGCGACGAAUAUGUAGUGAGGACCAGCCAACAAGAGCGUACAGGUCACAGUGGUGGGUAUUAUAUGGGGCUUUGGAGACAAAACGGAUGGCACUGUGAUAGACAACAUCCAAUUUGCUGAGUAGAGUGUUGGAGGCUAUUUUGUAAAUGACAUCGCCGAAGUCGAGGAUCGGUAGGAUAGUCAGUUUUACGAGGGCAUGUUUGGCAGCAUGAGUGAAGGAGGCUUUGUUGCGAAAUAGGAAACCGAUUCUAGAUUUAACUUUGGAUUGGAGAUUCUUAAUGUGAGUCUGGAAGGAGAGUUUACAGUCUAACCAGACACCUAGAUAUUUGUAGUUGUCCACGUACUCUAGGUCAGACCCGUCUAGAGUAGUGAUUCUAGUCGGGUGGGCGGGUGCAAGCAGCGUUCGGUUGAAGAGCAUGCAUUUUGUUUUACUAGUGUUUAAGAGCAGUUGGAGGCUACUGAAGGAGUGUUGUAUGGAAUUGAAGCUCGUUUGGAGGUUUGUUAACACAGUGUCCAAUGAAGGGCCAGAUGUAUACAAAAUGGUGUCGUCUAUAAUAAUCUUCCAUGGUGUCGUAAUAUAUCUUCCAUGUUUCCAACUGAGGUUAGGAUGAGUUUCCGUGUACAGUGCCUUCAGAAAGUAUUCAUACCCCUUGACUUAUUCCACAUUUUGUUGUGUUUCAGCCUGAUUUAAACAUUUAUUAAAUAUAUACACUAUAUAUACAAACGUAUGUGGACACCCCUUCAAAUUAGUGGAUUUGGCUAUUUCAGCCACACCCGUUGCUGACAGGUGUAUAAAAUCGAGCACACAGCCAUGCAUUCUCCAUAGACAAACAUUGGCUCAGUGACUUUCAUUGUGGCACCGUCAUAGGAUGCCACCUUUCCAACAAGUCAGUUCGUCAAAUGUCCACUGCCUGCCCCAAUGCAUAGUGCCAACUGUAAAGUUUGGUGGAGGGGUAAUAAUGGUCUGGGGCUGUUUUUCAUGGUUCAGGCCCCUUAGUUCCAGUGAAGGGAAAUCUUAACGCUACAGCAUACAAUAACAUUCUAGACAAUUCUGUUCUUCCAACUUUGUGGCAACAAUUUGGGGAAGGCCCUUUCCUGUUUCAGCAUGACAUUGUCCCCGUGCACAAAGCGAGGUCUAUACAGAAAUGGUUUGUCGAGAUCGGUGUGGAAGAACUUGAAUGGCCUGCACAGAGCCCUGACCUCAACCCCAUCAAACAUCUGUGGGAUGAAUUGGAAUGCCGACUGCAAGCCAGGUCUAGUCGUCCAACAUCAGUGCCCGACCUCACUAAUGCGCUUGUGGCUGAAUGGAAGCAAGUCCCCGCAGCAAUGUUCCAACAUCUAGUGGAAAGCCUUCCCAGAAUCCUGGAGGCUGUUAUAGCAGCAAAGGGGGGCAUAUUAAUGCCCAUGAUUUUGGAAUGAGAUGUUCGACGACCAGGUGCCCACAUACUUUUGGUCAUGUAGUGUAUAUAUUUUUUUACCCAUCUACACACAAUACCCCAUAAUGACAAAGUGAUAUUUGUUUUUGAAAUUGUUGUACAUUUAUUGGAAAUAAAAUACAGAAAUAUCUAAUUUACAUAAGUAUUUACUCCCCUGAGUCAAUACAUGUUAGAAUCACCAUUGGCAGCGAUUACAACUGUGAGUCUUUCUGGGUAAGUCUUUAAGAGCUUUGCAAACCUGGAUUGUAUAAUAUUUGCACAUUACUUUUUAGAAUUCUUCAAGCUCUGUCAAGUUGGUUGUUGGUCAUUGCUAGACAGCAUUUUUCAAGUCUUGAAAUUGAUCUUCAAGCCGAUUUAAGUCAAAACUGUAACUCGGCCACUCAGGAACAUUCAAUGUCAUUUUGGUAAGCAACUCCAGUGUAUAUUUGGAAAGGUGAAUUUGUCUCCCAGUGUCUGUUGGAAAGCAGACUGAACCAGGUCUUCCUCUAGGAUUUUGCCUGUGCUUAGCUCUAUUCCAUUUAUUUUUAUCCUAAGCAAACUCCCUAGUCCUUGUCGAUGACGAGCAUAACCAUAACAUGAUGCAGCCACCACCAUGCUUGAACAUAUGAAAAGUGGUACUCAUUGAUGUGUUGUGUUGCAUUUGCCCCAAACAUAACGCUUUGUAUUCAGAACAUCAAGUUAAUUUCUUUGCCACAUUUUUUGCAGUUUUACUUUAGUGCCUUAUUGCAAACAGGAUGCAUGUUUUGUAAUAGUUUUAUUAUGUACAGGCUUCCUUCUUUUCACUCUGUCAGUAUUGUGGAGUACCUACAAUGUUGUCGAUCCAUCCUCAGUUUUCUCACAGACGUUAAAUGCUGUAACUGUUUUAAAGUCAUCAUUGGCCUCAUGGUGAAAUCCCUGAGCUGUUUCAUUCCUCUCCGGCAACUGAGUUAAGAAGGACGCCUGUAUCUUUGUAGUGACUGGUGUAUUGAUACACCCUCCAAAGUGUAUUUAAUAACUUCACCAUGCUCAAAGGGAUAUUCAAUGUUUGCUUUUUUUAUUUUGACUCAUCUACCAGUAGGUGCCCUUUGCGAGGCAUUGGAAAACCUCCCUGGUCUUUGUGGUAGAAUCUGUGUUUGAAAUGCACUGCUCGAUUGAGGGAACUUACAAUUAUCUGUAUGUGUGAAGUACAGAGAUGAGAUACUCACUCAAAAAAUCAUGUUAAACACUAUUUUUGCACACAGAGUCCAUGCAACUUAUUAUGUGACUUGUUAAGCACAUUUUUACUCCUGAAUUUAUUUAGGCUUGCCAAAACAAAGGGGUUGAAUACUUAUUAACUCAAGACAUUUCACUUUCAUUCAUGAUGUAACACAACAAAAUGUGGAAAAAGUAAAGGGGUAUGAAUACUUUCUGAAGGCACUGUAUAUGUGUGUUGUACAUAGUCAUUUGACAGAUGUUCUCGUCCAGAGUGACUGUCUAUAAGUGCAUCAAACGCAGUCGUCUGAAGCCGCCGUCUCUCACUGUGUUCCCUAUUAUUGGCUUGUGAGUAUUUAUGAAGACCAGGUCGAUGCCCUUCAGCUCCUGCAUCUUUAUCCCAUGGCCUGUGGAAGACUGGCUGGAUGGAAAACAUAAGUCAUUGUCUGUGAGGGGAGGAUUGAAUGCUGCAGCUCAUGAUGGGGAGGUGCAGUCGGAGCAUUCUGGGGCCAGGCUGAAUCAGCUCAAUAAAUCAUUCAACACAACGACACUCUCUCUCUGUUUCUGUCUCUGUGUGUGUGUCUCUCUCUCUCUCUCUCUCUCUCUCUCUCUCUCUCUCUCUCUCUCUCUCUCUCUCUCUCUCUCUCUCUCUCUCUCUCUCUCUCUCUCUCUCUCUCUCUCUCUCUCUCUCUCUCUCUCUGUCUCUGCCAAAAAGCAUGAAAGUGGCAAAAUCAGCAUUCUGCCCAAUGCAUCAACAGUUUUGGGUGUUUGAGAGCUUGAGACAUUCUCCUCGGGAAGUGAUGAUGUGUUUAUCACCUGACUGGGCUACUUUGUUUCGUUUAUUCUCAGGGGCUGCUGGUCGCCACCAUCUUCUGCUUCUUCAACGGAGAGGUAUGUUUCCGACCCACAAUCAUGUCCAUCAGGUUUUCUGAAAUCCCAGAUAAAGAAUUCUAGGUUGGAUGAUUCCCUUGCCAGCUUAUUCAGUGGGCAUUUUGGGACUGUUUCAGGAAUUGUGUAACCAUCUCCUCCCCUGUACCUCCUUGUUCUCUGCACCCUGUGUGUAUAAGUCGAGGUUAGGACACCUCCUAUUUGCAAACCCUCCCGGGGAGUUGACCUGGGGAUGUAUCUGGGGAAGUUGACCUUCCAGAGCAUUGCAUGGGAGCAUGGGAGCCUCUGGAGAGGAUUCUCCCAGACUAAAGAUCAUGAAAGCAUUGGCAGGCAUCCAGAGACAGUCAAGGGACAGUCCACAGAGUGGUAUCAGCAGUGCUGGAGAGGGUUUUGUACCAACGUAGUUAGUUGGGUUUGGAUUGGGUUUGAUUUGCCCUUUACCUCCUUUCACAGCCAUGCUUCACAGGAACACAUGGAGAGGUCAAGGGUCAAUAUGGUCAUUUUGUGAAUGACUGGAAGAUGGCCAGGCAAAUACUGUAUGAAGAUACAUGGAUGGUCUUGCAAUUAGGGUUCAUUCAUUGUUAGUCAUUCAUGAAAGUAGUUCAUCGCUAAUGUUAUUCAUUUAUUUUCUGUAUACUGAAUUUUAUGGUCCACAUUGUGUCUUGGCAGGUGCAAGGGGUUCUGAGGAGACAUUGGAACCAGUACCGUAUCCAGUUCGGGAGCACCUUCACCCACUCGGAUGCCAUGCGGUCCGCCUCAUACACAGCCUCGUCCAUCUCCGAAGUCCAGGGUUGCUACAGCAUCGACAGCAACACAGAACACUUGAAUGGCAAGGGGGGCUGCCUUGACAUCGAGACCUCUGUCUUAAAGUCGGAGAACCCGUUCGCCUGA